UGAAUUAAUAUUAUGGAUAUAUGCGGCAUUAGAACCUCAAGUUUCUCACAGUUCCGAACGCGCUGUUAACGGGAACAGACGUCAAUGCGGCUAUUCGUCGAGUGACAGAAAUAACCAAAUUAUCAAAUACCAGUGACAGUGAACAACCAUACAGAAAAAAAAUAAAUCUAUUAUAUUAUAACAGUGAAUAUAAAAAUGUCAAGUGUACAAGUGCAACAGCAGCACAUAUCUCGGUUUUUAACCAACAAUAACCAUUCGAGUCCUCUUAAACAGGAAUAUCAAAGUGAUAAUAAUACAAGUAGUGCAUCGUUAUCGCCCCCGCGUCAAAAUAACUCACCACAUUCGGCGAAUUCACCACAGAGUAAUUACACGCUUAGUCCCUUGCCGGUAGAUAAUAAUCAACCACUGCCGCUUAUCCAACAACAAACACCACAACUUCGGCCAUCACAACAAUUGCCUCUUCCAGCAUCAAUGAUAGGAAGUGUCUUACCGCCACCGCCAUUGGUGCCAUUGCCGUCGGAAGCGUGUGAAUCGGGUUAUGAAAAUAAUUAUAACAGCCAUCAUCCAGGAUAUAUGAAUCGUAUGACAGGACCAUUUACACAAACUUCACCGCCGCCAAUUGCAACUGUCAAAAAGUCAUUUUGUAUUGAUGCACUUUUGGCGAAAAAUCAAAGUGAUGCCGAAAAUGGAAAAGACCCACGGAUGAUGUUGCCAACAAGAGGACAUGGAGAUUUACCAGUUGCACAAUUGAGCGAGCGAGAAGCUCUUAGACGGAUACACGAAAGUCGAGAUCAGUACGGGACGCCAAGUCCCGACGGAAUGUCAAGAUCAGAAUCUCCAACCUCAUCACUCCGCUCCAGUCCGCCAAUCAGUCCAGGCUGUGAGGACCAACACCACAUAGGCAUGCGAAUGGAUUUCCACGAUGAAUUCAAAAAACCAAUACCGCCGCACAGUCCGAUCCGCCCACAAGACUUCCCCCUCUAUGCCGGCGGCCAUCCAUACCAGCUGCUAGCCCAAGGCGGUUCGGCAUUCCACCGGCCUCUGGAUCCAUCUGGUAAGCCCAUUCCGGUGAGUUGCAACGAAGAUAGAGUGAAGCAAUUUCAUAUGACUGACGAUUGGCAAUCCUCUCUGUUCAACUUGCAGCUCCCAAUGGGCCAUAGUUUUGUGCAAUCUCACCUGCCAUUUGAAUUCCUUGCCCGUGCCGGUAUGCUGCACCAUAGGAUACCAGAAUUGGCAGCGUAUCCGCACCAUGCGAUUUUGGGUAAAACACGAAGACCACGAACCGCUUUCACUUCCCAACAGUUGCUCGAGUUGGAGAAACAAUUCAAACAAAAUAAAUAUCUCUCAAGACCGAAACGUUUCGAAGUUGCCAGUGGAUUAAUGUUGUCUGAGACACAGGUUAAAAUCUGGUUCCAAAAUCGUCGAAUGAAAUGGAAACGCUCAAAAAAAGCCCAACAAGAGGCUAAGGAACGUUCGAAGGCUUCAUCGAAUAACGUUGCUAGUUAGUUCGACAAACAAAAGGAAUAAAUUGUUGCCGUUGGGGGGAUCUAGUCAGACUUUUUGAGGUCACAUUUGACACUUGUGACACAAGAUAUAAAUAAUAUAAUUUUGAAUUUAACGAAAAAAACAAAAUCAUUUGCUGACAUUAUUUUAUUUUUCUUGUAACUUAAAAGUUACAACAUAAAAACUUGUAAAUUAUAUUUUUGUUAAAGUCGUAUUUGUAUAUUUUUUUGUAAUUUUAUUUGUUCUGUUUUAGAGAAUUGAAUGUAGGUAACUUAAUAAUAAAUUAUUGUAAAUAUUUAAAAAUUAAUUAUUAUGUAUUAUUAAGAUACCCGCUAUGUGUGAUACGUGAGUAAUAAUAAUAACAAAUUUUAGAAGUUAAU